AUUAUUUACAGUUCUGCUCCAGAUAGAAUCUCUGAGGUUUGGUGUCAUAAAAAUCCGGAGUACUUCAGGUGAGGAGUAAUUAAUGCAGUGUUCAUGAUUGCUUACUGUAUCACACUAUUGUCAAAAAAACAUUAAACAAGUCAAAAAGGUGUAAUACUAUGUAACUACCUUCAAGGUAAAAAAUAAAUACAUGUAAAAAAAUUAAUUACAGCAAAAUUAUGCAAUCUAAUUUAAGCCUUGUUUUUUAAAAUGAUAAACAAAGCAUGAAGUGUGUAGGGGAUUAUCCACUAAACAGUGCAUUGCAGUGACUCACAAAGCAAAAUGCAAAAUUAAGGCUAACAUUUACCCAAGUUAUAUUUUUGCUAUAUUUGUAAUUUGGCUGUUUUAACCUGGAUUUUACAAAAGUAAAUAAAUAAUAUCACCACACAAUUCACUGUUUUGUGAAUAAACCUUAUGGGGUUUGUUUUCUUACAUACAGGGUCCUUGCACCAUGACCACUUCAGAACAUUGACGUGGGCAUGGUGCAUGAUGUAAUCUAUCUAUCUAUCUGCCUGUCCAUACCCAUGGUGCGUAUUGCUGCUAAUAUCUGUAAUUAUUAAUAGUAAUAAUAAUAACAAAGUAUUUAACCAGGAAAGGUACAUUCAGAUAACUCUGGUUUUCAAGUACGUCCUGGGGAUGUUACCUUAGCUCAACAUCCAGGGGUUGUUACUAUAGAAUUGUUUCCAAUUCUCAGAAGGCUUAACAUUAAACAUACUUGUUUUCCUGGCACUAUAGUGCCCUGAGGGUGCCCCCACCCUCAGGGUACCCCUCCCGCCCGGCUCUGGAAGGGGGAAAGGGGUAAAAACUUACCUUUUUCCAGCGCUGGACGGGGAGCUCUCCUCCUCCGUUCCUCCCUGUCGGCUGAAUGCGCAGGCGCGGCAAGAGCUGCGCGCGCAUUCAGCCGGUCGCAUAGGAAAGCGACCAAUGAAAAUCACAGACAGAAGCGCCUCUAGCUCUAGGUCCCCCUCCCUCCGGGCUCUAGGGGUGGAAGGGGUUAAACUUACCUCUUUCUCCAGCGCCGGGCGGGGAGUUCUCCGCCUCCUCUCCUCCUCUUCGGCUGAAUGCUAAUGCGCGGCAGGAGCCGCGCGCGCAUUCAGCCAGUCCAUAGGAAAGCAUUCACAAUGCUUUCCUAUGGACGCUGGCAUCUUCUCACUGUGAAAAUCACAGUGAGAAGCGCAGAAGCCCUCUAGCGGCUGUCAAUCAAACAGCCACUAGAGGCUGGAUUAACCCAUUUAUAAACAUAGCAGUUUCUCUGGAACUGCUAUGUUUAUAGAAAAAAGGGUUAAACCUAGCUGGACCUGGCACCCAGACCACCUCAUUAAAGGACCACUCUAGGCACCCAGACCACUUCAGCUUAAUGAAGUGGUCUGGGUGCCAGGUCCAGCUAGGGUUAACCCAUUUUUUUUAUAAACAUAGCAGUUUCAGAGAAACUGCUAUGUUUAUAAAUGGGUUAAUCCUUCCCACAAAGCGUCUAGUGGCUGUCUCAUUGACAGCCACUAGAGGCGCUUGCAUGAUUCUCACUGUGAAAAUCACAGUGAGAGCACGCAAGCGUCCAUAGGAAAGCAUUAUGAAUGCUUUCCUAUAUGACCGGCUGAAAGCGCCAAGCUUUUUGCCGUGCGGCAUUCAGCCAGCGGAGGAGAAGGAGGAUCGGAGGGAGGAGAGCCCCGCCCAACGCUGGAAAAAGGUAAGUUUUAACCCCUUUUCCCCUUUCCAGAGCCGGGCGGGAGGGGGACCCUGAGGGUGGGGGCACCCUCAGGGCACUAUAGUGCCAGGAAAACGAGUAUGUUUUCCUGGCACUAUAGUGGUCUUUUAAGCUGAAGUGGUCUGGGUGCCUUUAGUGGUCCUUUAAAGAACAUGACAUUUUAUUGUUUGUGUGCCAAUCCCUAUUUGUGUUUUGUGUAAAAAAAUAAAAUAAAAUAAAAAAUCUUUUAAGUUGAUAUAAUUCUGGAUAAAUGGACUCGAGGACCACCUGAGAGGAACCCGGAGAAGCUGUUUUAUAAAGGAUAGGCUUAUCCCAUUAGAGAAUGUUAAGUAACUGACAGGGUAAACAUUAAUUGCAGAUAAUUCUUUAUUGGUAUGUGGACAGGCCAAAGUGUACCAUAUUACAGUAAAGCCAUAAUGUUUUAUCCAUAUGCAAUGUACUGUUUAUCUAUAUUGGUCCACUGUUAUUUAGUUAUAUUGCCUAGCAAUGUGCUGUUUAUACACUAACACCUUCCGCUGUUAGAAUAUCAAGAGAGUUCCAAGUACAUACAGUUCUUAUUCUGGAGGUAAACUUGCGCAAUACUGCUACAAAACAACUUUACCUUUUGAUGUGUAAAUAUACCAUACAGUAGAGAAAGUGACUACCUAGCAGCCUAUGAUAUGGAACAGAAUUUCCAGAUUUUACUAUUAUGUAAUGUUACUAUGAUGUAAAGUCAUGAUUUUAUUAAAGACACAGAGACAGAUAUUUACUAAUCUCUUUCUUUAAUCCCUCAGCAGCAAAGAGAAAAUAAUGUCCAAUAGAAGGAAAAAAAUACACACUCCUAAAGGGUGCACUCCUCCUAACAUUUUGAUGUAUAAAAUCGAGGAAAGCGUAAAGGAAUUGUGUAGUGUACCCAUACACCGUUCACGGCUCACUGCUCGCCUCUACGGAUUGCUGCUGCUAUUCCCAUAUCUAAAAAAAAAAAUGAGUUUAGACUCAGGGUUCUCUGAACACCAUGUACUUUGCAAUGAUGUAAAGUGGUUAUGGUGCUUAGACUGUCUCUUUAAAGUUGGGAGAAUACCAUUCACAUGAUGCAUCCAAUAAUGGGGGAGUGUAAUGAGUUUGACAGACAUCCCUGCAAUCCAACCAACCAACAUUAUCAGGGCACUGUGGAAGCAGUGUUGUACAUUUAAUGGCAUACAGUUGGUACUUACCAGUUUACAAGCAAAACACAUAUGGGAUACAGCUGUGGAAUCUAAAAAGAAAACAGACAAAACAUAGUGUAAUGCAAUUUUAACAAAUAAUGUACAAAAAUGCACUCACAAGAUGUAGACGUAGUAUGCGCUCAAAGGGUGCCUCCCCUGAUGUAAUUGUAUAACCAUCUGUAAUUUACUUUAAUUUUAUGGUCUCUGAGGAAGUUCCAAGUGUGGGACGAAACGCGAGACCACAACUACUGCUGUUUUACCAAUUGUAUUUAUAAUAAAGCAGCUAUUUUAUACUACCAUCGGAGUCCUGAUUUCCUGCUAUCGUGCAGACAGCGGAGAGGGAUCCAAAGCCCCCCCAAUUACAAUGGGGGAGGCACCCUCUGAGCGCAUAAUACGUCUACAUCUUGUGAGUGCAUUUUUGGACAGUGCACAUUAUUUGUUAAAAUUGUAUUACACUAUGUUCUUUUUAGAUUCCACAACCGUAUCCCAUAUGUGUUUUGCUUAUAUUCUGGUCUAAAGAUCACUACCUGGAAAGUGAUCCUUGGGAGGCUGUCCGCUUGAUUUACCUGAUAAGUAUACUGCAUACUUAUUUCACACUAUUCACACAUGAUUGUGGUGGUAGUUUUGUUUUCCAUAGCUAACAGUUUGUAUGGAAUUUAUUUAGUAUUCUACGGAUGUUUACGCUACUGAAUGUGUUUGGCCCCCAAAAUCUAUAACCCAAAAUCUACGUUGCAGAGUAGAACUACAGGGCCACUGCGCCCCGACCACUUUAUUGAGAUGAACUGACCUGGGUGCCUUCAGUGGUCCUUUAAUUUUAUGGAAGCAAUGCCAGACGAACAUUCAGCACAACAAAAUGGAUGUCUUACUGGAUUGUGCUGCCAUCUGCUGUAUGUUAAUGAUAUUACACUGUGAUAUCAUGCAAUGAUGUUGAACCUUUAGACUUUCAUAUGAAAUGUAGUUCACAAACAUAUGCAAUGAUUCCUGAUCUUUGUCCAAGAUGAUAAAAUCAAAUUGGGUUUGAAUAUUAUCCCGUGAUGCAAUUCUCAGUUUGUCUUGUUUAUUAAGCAGUUAUUUUGUUUACUACCAGUUCUGCCUUUAUGACUGUUGGAAAGUCAGUUGUUUGAUAGUCAAUUUGUAUAGUACCAUAUGCUGAGAAUCGAUUAUGAGAUAUUUGUUUUGAUGUCGGUUUUUUAUUUUAUUAUUUCUAAUCUGUACAAUUUCCAGCAUUUCAACUUGCAAAAUUGACUAUUAACUGAAGUGAGAAUUCAAAGUGAAUUUUAAAUUUAAGGUGGAAAUAGCCAGACUGAAAAAUAUAUUCUGUGUCUUUAGUCAUCCAAUCAUAAUUGUUAACCAUUCUGAUUAGUACCACUCCAAUUUCUGUCCCCCACUUUAAUCUUCCACACCCAUCUCUCAGACAAUUGUAUCUCCCUCUUUGUCUCUCACCACUUAUGUCUUCCUCUAUUUGUGCCUAUUAUGUCUGUACACUCCUACUCCCAUUCACUGGGCACUCUCUUUUCUCUGUUUGUCCGUUUUUAUUCUGUCUAGCCCCCAGUCCUCCCAUUCUCUCUGUCCACCCCCUUAAAGCGGACCUGUCACCAUCUGGGGCCUUUGCAAAGACCCCUGAUGGUGUCAUUGAUGCCAAGGGUCCAGUAGCCAGGGGUGGUAGGCAAAGGUGAGUUCUACUUACCUGAAGCUGUCCCUUUGCGAGUGCCACCAUCCUCUUCCGUCUUCUUUUGCUGCUUAUAGCGCUUCAGUGCAGCAUAUGUGCAAUAGUACAGCAUUUAGGAGUAUGGAAGAUCUCCUCCAUAGACAUAGCCAAUUCCCUGCAGCCAUCAUUGGUGACAGCUGAGGACUGACUCUUCUUGGCGACGGGGUCCCUACUUUGUCUUAUGCUUUUGGUUAGAAAUAGAAGGAAAAAGGAGAAAGUAGGAAAAAGUAAGAGAAGAGGAAAUUGGUAAGUACGGCGCGACGGUGCCGCUUUAAUUUGUUUGUCUACCCACACAUUUUCAGUCUGUCUCUCUAAUUCUCUGUUUGUCCACCCCCCUACCAGUCCACCUCCCAAAACCCCUAUUCUGUCUGUUUACCCCACUAUUAACCUCCUGUUUACCCCUCCAUUUUCAUGCUUUCUACCCCGCAUUUUCAGUGUGUCCGUCCCCAACCAAGCGCACUGAAUGAGAGGUGAAUGGAGAGAGAUAUUCCCACCACCUAUCACAACAUUCAUUGCUGGUAUGAAUUGGUAUGACUAAGGAAGUUUGUAACCUCUGCCUUAACCGUACCUCCAGUGGAGGGCAGGCAUUACAACCCAUUCAAUGAGCUGAAUUGGUUGUAGUACCUAGAGUGUCCCUGUAAAUGACAUGUCAAUCCUUCAUUCCGCUUCUCCUACUAAUUAGGUAAGCUUCCAGGACUGAUUGCUACAAUGUAGGCAGCUACUGAGUACCACCUUAUUUUGAGAACACCAGGGUUGUGUGAACUGUCAAGGUUUAAAAAUGAGUUUCAAUUGUUUUGUCAAAUAGCCGAGCUGAAAACAGUGCUGACAUUUUCCAGUUUGAUUGUUGUUGCCGACUUCGAAUUCCAGACAAUUCCCAAUAUAGUGAAUAACCCUAUAUUCUUUGUUUUUUUUCAGCUAUACGGCAGUAUGUGUAAAAGGACAUAGACAUUGAGCAAUCAUUAGGGACAUACCCCAGCCUUCCUUUUAUUUUAGAGGUGCACUGCGCACACCUUGGCACUCAACUGGAUUAAAGACAAGGCUGGAGAAUUAUAUAAUUUGAAAUCAUCUUAAUAAAGCAGAACGGCAAUUACUGAUAUACUGUGCUGCUGGCAGUAUCAGAGAAACAGACUAUGCAUAUAUUUUGUUUGAAGGAAAAAAAUGUAUAUAAAAUUCUCUGCAAAAUUAUGGGCUACGAGAAGCACAUUGCCGAUAACACACAUUAAAGAGAAAGGUUACUUAGCAACAGAAAAGGAAGCAGAUUUCUUUUCAUAAAUGGGAAAAAUGCAUUUGAGAAAGCCACGUGUAACAUUGGUUCAUCCAUUGCGCUUAGCUGCAGCCUGCAGGGCACAGCAAGGGUGUCUGGGAGUAAAGUGAUAAAGAGGUAAUGCUGCAAUGCAAGGAAACUCUCAAGGGUCAGACUCACUGAACAGUAAACUGUGUUGAAUAAACAACUGACACGCAAUUCAUAAUAAAGAUUCUUGAUUUGAAAUUUAGUUUUUCCAGCUUGGCUAUUUUGGCUCAAAUCCUGGAAUUUGAAAAUAGACAAUGCAAGCAAACACAUAGUGUGUUUGGGAAAUGAAUAUCAAAUGUAACCAAAUUGUAUUUAAUAUUAAAACGGAUAACUGUAAACAAGUAUGACCUAGAACUGUGCUGGGGGCUUUGAAGAGAAAGAGGAUAAGGUAAGUGUAUCUGUUUUAUCAGAGCCCUGCUGUGCAAGUGGACAUGGCACCAUAGAGGGUCUUUUAAAAAAACAAGAAACAAACGUCAAAACCUCCAACAGCAUUUGUUAAAAAAAUAAAAGUGUAACAUUUCAUCAGAUAAAUCUGAGACAUAUAUUGUAUAUAGAUUUGUGUUAUUUUGUAACAAGCUAAAUGACGCAGUCUGAAUUGAUAAAAACUGUUUUAUUUUUUCAGAUGUUUCAAAAUUAAAUUGGCAGCGAUACAUAAAAUGUCAGCACAAGAUGCUGUCAAUAUCAUUGCUGGCAUGCGUGAAAUUAUAAAGUAAAACUAAUGAACAGAAGCAGUUCUGAGCUGGGCAGUUGUAGAAGAGAAGUAGAGAAUCGUGUGGAUCCCAAUGACACAUCAGGUAUGUCUUCUGUGAGUGUCCGUUCGGCUAAGGCUUUAUGUACUGGUAAAGAUAUCACAAACUGCACAUUAUACCUGGCGAUUACCAGUGUUCAAUGAGUUAAAGUUAUAGCAAAGUGCCCAAAAAUUAAAAAAAAAAAAUAUAUUUUUUUUUAAUCCUUCCAUUGGUCCUUUAAUUGGAACUGCGUUUUGCAUCUGAGAAAUAAAUAAUAGCAAAAACAAUACAGGGUUAUUUACAAAAGUGAGAAUUCAAAAUGAAUUCCACAUUUAAGGCCAGAGUAGCCAAAUUGAAAAUAUGGCUGGUUUAGAGAAUUUUUCUAGUUCAGCUAUUUUGACCUUAAAGGAACGCCACAACUGGCCCUGUUUUCAUAGGAAUCCGCAGUUCAAGAAAAUCUUGGGAUGUAAACAGGAGCCCGAUUAUCUGGGCUUCAUCCUAGGUGAUCAGGCAAAAUGUGUCACAUUCGAGCAGAAACGUGAGGUAUGAUUGGGAUCAUUGUCUUGUUGAAAGGUCCAAUGGUGCCUAAGUUUCAGCUUCCUCACAGACGGCAUGCCGUUUUCUCCUAGGAUUUUCUGAUACUUAAAUGAUUCCAUCGUGCCUUCCACACGCUGCAGGUUUCCAGUGCCAGACGAUGCAAAGCAGCCGCAGAGCAUCACGAGCCGCCACCACCAUUCUUAACUGUAGACAGUGUUCUUUUCAUUCUUCUUCCUCUAGACAUACCGCUGAUCCAUUGGGUUGUGAUUGCUUCACAGAACUUCUGUGGCUUAUUUAUAUAAUUUAGAGCAUAUUUAAGCCGACUUUUCUUGUGCGUUCGUGUCAGUAGUGGAGUUCUGUCAUGGAAACCUUCUGCCUUUAGUACGCGCUCUGGUUGCAAGUGAUUCUAUUUAGGGGGUUAAACAAUUUUGAGACUGGAAAAAUCAUUAUAAGUUGAAUGUAGGGAAACCACCUGAAGCGUUUGUUGUGCUGAGCUAUUCCAAUUGCGUUUGUUUGAUUUGUUUAUUGCAAACAGUUGAAAGUCUGUAUAUUUUUGACAAUAAAUCUGCUUUUCAGCGGGGGUUGAAUAAUUUUGAUUACAACUGUAAUAUUGGUUAUUAUUAUACACAUACUCAUUGCUUGUAAUAGGAGCUGCAAUUAGUUUACUGCUGAAUCAAGUCCAGCGCUUUAUGUCAUUGUCAUGAAACGCGUAGGACAGAACUUGUUUUCUCAGUCAGCUAGUUGCAGCUGCCAUGGAAUGCAUGCACUCUUUGUAUCCAUCGGAAUACAGUGGGAGUAUUGCAGAAUAAUACACACAACACACUCCAUGUUUGAUGUUCUGUAUUCCGGUACAGUAGGACAGUGAGCCGUUUACACAAAAUGGGCUCUUUGUGCAAAGUUUCAGGUUCAGGUAGUUUUUCUUCCUCUGGUUUUCUCUGAAAGGCUUUAUCUGUUACAUGAAGUUAUAUUUUGAGCAGUGCAGAAGGAAGUGCUCUCUGUUUCACUGUCUGUCUCAUCACUGAUAAUGCUUUCAUUUUGAGCUUCUGGCUAGGUCUGUGCCUGCUUCAUUCUCUAACAGGCAGUCGGGCUGUUUUUGGUGAGUGUCGUCCAGUAGAGAUAUUGAGCUUGUGUGUUUGAUAAAGGUUCAUGGUAACUCUCCCUUUCCAGUGGGAUUCUCCAUCAUUUAGUUCUGAUAGCUGAUGCUUCCUUUGGGUAGGAGGGCUGGAACUCAUGUUUUGGUGUGAGUGAAUGCUUUGUAGUUAAGUCUUUCAGUGCGUGCGAAUGCUUUAAGGUCUAUUGUUUUAAUAUGGCAGUAUUCAUUCAUGCAGUCCUAUUUCUAUUUUAAAAGCAGUGCUUUCCUAAUCACAGAACCUUUAUUUAACUAUUUACAGCAAUGUAUAUAUAUCAUAUAUCAUGUUAUUUUCUGAUACCAGUAUGACUCUCCUAUACAGUGCACUGUUUACCUGAUCACUGCAAUGUACACUCAAACACUCAUGGUUUUCUGAUCCCAGCAAUGCUUUCCUACACAGUGCACUGUUUACCUAAUCACUGCAAUCUACACUCAUACACACAUGGUAUUUCCUAAUAACACUUUUUGUCGGUGCACUUGUACAAUUCACUGUAUAUUCAUUAAUCAUACUCUUUAACUUAAAGAGUUACUCCAGCCACCAUGAUCACUUCUCCUUUUAGAAUUUGUGCAAGCAGUCAGUAUAUGCAGCAUUUCAGCUUGAAACCUGUGUAUUUGUACUGGGAUGUACUUGCGCCCCGUGUACACACAUGAUUUAACCAGCCCGCAAUUCUGUUCUGGAUUGUCUUAUGUGGUUUCUGUGCAAAUAAUACAUAAUUAGCUCCUUCACUUGCAGGCAGUGCUCUGAGAGAGCCUGCAAUGUGAUCCCUGUGGGACUGUGUGUAUUCUGCUCGUUCAAUCUCUACUUUGAAUAUUGUCCUACCUUUGUUCAGCUCUCACCCACCACUUUUUGGCAUUUCCUUCAGUUUAGCCCUUCAUACCUCCCACUGUCCAGCCCUCUGUCCCUGCUUCUAUUUCAGGUCAUGGUGUUUGCUGCACGUGCGUCUGAGGAACAACAAUGAUUCUCUGUGAAGUAUUUAAUUGGACUUCAAACUGAAAAUUGAUGAAAAAGUAUACACCUCAGGGAGCACUUGGGCCCGGCUUUUUCAUAGUUGCUUUUUUAUUUAUUUAUUUAAUUUUUAAAGGAAAGGGGAUCAAUAAGAGUGCGUAGCUGAUUAAUCCAUGUACAGCAAAAUUAAUAUGCUUGGAGUAAUUGAAUUCAAUACUUUACUACAAUAAGCAUUUGGAUGCGCGAGAGGCACUCACCACGAAUGCCCAUCAGUUAAAAUUUUUCCUCUAUGAGGAGUAUCGGAUUGGCCAUCGGUUUGAAAGCCGGGUGAUGUUGCCGGAGGAGGAGCUGGCGGCAGCUCUGAGGAAGUAAGUAAAAGGUAAAUUAAAAAAACGUAUUUGUUCAGGUCUUUGCUGCAACUCAGACAUCAGGAGUACAGGUUUGUAUAGUGUUCCUUUACGGGUGCUGUAUUUGUUUCUUCUUUUUAAGCAAGAAUUCCUCGAGGUACAUUUUCUAGUUGAGAUGGUGUCAGGAUUAUAUUGAUGAAUAGUAUCACACCCUAGAACUAAGGGUAAUGUCUUACCGGACCUUAGAAUGGCCAGACUUAACUUUCCCAAGAAUAGUCAGAAAACUAGCCGAGGUCAGGUACACAGAACGAGAUACAUCGAUAAGGAAUAGCCAAUAGUCAAGGGUACCAGAAAUCAGGGAAGCCAAAGUCAAAAAACAGAUCAGGAACACACUCUCGGGUAACCAUCUAAGGGAAACCACGACAGGCCAAUGAGCUAAGGAAUAAGUGAGUUUAUAUAACCCUCUUGCAAAUCCAAUUGGCUGUACCUAGCCCUUGACCCCAAAACAUGUGUGUGUGUCUUUUGCGUGAUGUCACCUGCACGCCAACGUCGUCUUUACCGUGGUCGGACGUGGGGCUAUAUAAUUGCGUGGGUCUGCAGCGGCCGGUUUGCACCGACAUGCCGCACAAGCCAGGCAACUUGGCAGAAGACCGCCACCGGCACUCCCCUCGAUCUUCAGAAGGUAAUUAUCUAUGUUUUUGCCACAUGGAUACGAAUGAUACGUGACAGAUGGGCGGCUGGUAAAUGGAACUAGCAUGGGAUUUGUAAUUUACCAGUAGCAGGAUGGAGUUUUACCUUAAAUUUACCUCUACUCCAGAAACCACUUUUUAGUUUCUGAAUCAACUGAGCAAUUCAUGCAUGAUCAUACCGGUUCUUUGAUGAUUUUACAUGGUGUACAAGUCUAAUUAGCCCUAUAAUCUUAAAGUAUUUCUCCUGGGAAUUCAGCUGAGCAUGCUGAGGAAGUAUAAUGGAGAUUUAGAAGCUUGUAAAACGCGGCAUGUAUUUUUUUCAGAUUGACAAUGGGGGUUGUGAAAGAACUUCCUGUAAUCUAUAAACAUAACUGUGUUCCUCGUUUAUAGUGUUGUUUGUUUUAGAGAAUAAUAAGUAUAUGUUUGUUUUAUUCUAAGCGUUUUUAGUUGUUACAGUGGCAGAGUAUUUGGGUUCCCUAUCCAACUUAUUAAACUAUGCUGUUUUCAAAUGGGCUUCACUGAUCUAGUCACAGGGGUAGGCAACCUUGGGCACUCCUGAUGUUUUGGACUACAUCUCCCAUAAUGCUCUUACAUCCAUAAUGCUUGCAAAGCAUCAAGGGAGAUGUAGUCCACAACAUCUGGGGUGCCCAAGGUUGCCUAUCCCUGGUAGUGAGUUUAAAAUAGAUCAACUGAUCGCGGCGUAACAAUAUCGAAUACACGAUAGGUACUACAUAUAUAUAUAUUACAUAUAUUAUAUGUAUAUUACUUAUAUUAGAUGUAUAGACUCUAUCAACUCUGUGUCAGCAUGUCAGGUAUAGGACCUACAUUUCCCUGGUCCUGCAAGUUAAGUAGUGUUCUUCGGAGUAGCAUUUGUCAACCAUGCAGAUUUGUUAUUUGCAUCGUUUAGUUAUUCCUCCAUGAGAGUUAUAGGGUACAAGAUAUCGUAACAAAUUACAGUACAUUAUGUACAUCAUAAAAUAUAACAUAUUGUAAAAGAAAAUAUAACAUAGUGUAAAAUAAAAGUUGAUACAGCACGUACAGAGGACAUUACUACUGCGUGGGUGGUGUAGUUCAAAUCCAGAAUACUCUUUGCCUGCGUGCCCCCCUCUACUUUUGCCACUUGUCCAUUCAUUUAUGUAUCUUGGCUUGGAUACCAAUGUGCUGAUGCUGCCUCCCCCCUCCUCCCUGCCCCCAGUUUGCCCAGAGGUUAUUAUCGUGUGAGUGCUUCAUCCCCUUUUUGCCUCCCAGGCGCCGUGGAUGCUUUCAUGUAUUCCCUAUUACUUUGCGGUACCUUUAUAUUUUCCACGGUUCCCAGAUCUUGUCAUAUACAUGUAUUUUGUUGUUUAGAGACUAUCUCAUUUACUCCAUUACCCUAAAAUUUUCCACCAAAGACAACCAAGCCGUCUUUGAUGGUUCAUUAACCUUUUUCCAAUUUGCCACGACUUCUAUUUUUGCCGUCGUGGGCAUAAAGUAUAGCAGUGAGUUUUUGUAUUUGUGUUGAGAUGUGGUAGACUCGGGUACAUGCAAGAGCAUCGUCGGGACAUCUAAGGCCUAGGACAGGGGUAGGCAACCUUCGGCACUCCAGAUGUUGUGGACUACAUCUCCCACAAUGCUCUUACAGCCAUGAUGCUGGCAAAGCAUCAUGGGAGGUGUAGUCCAAAACAUCUGCAGUGCCAAAGGUUGCCUAUCCUUGGCCUAGGAUAAACCCAGUACAUUCUUAAUCGUGUCCUUCACCUCCCUCCAGUAUUUUUGUACUAUGGAGCAUUCCCACCAGAUAUGUUGAAGACCACCCUUUUCUUUGUGACAACGCCUGCAUAUCGGGGAGAUAGAGCCAUCCAUGUUACGUAAACUUUGUGGUGUGGUAUACCACCUAGUGAGUAAUUUAAGUUCGCCUCCUGUAAUGGUAAAUUUAUAUGUGAGUGAAAGGUUCUCUUAAACACCAGAAGCCACAUCUGGGCAGGCAAGCGUUCAGUUAAGUGUUUGUUCCAUACUUUAUACCUGAAUUUGUCUUAUCAUCUAAUCAUUUCAUGGUCGAUCGAGUAGGAACGUUUCAAUAUGUGUGUACAAUGUUAUAUAAAUAUAUGUUAGCCUUGGUUUAUUGUACUGCUUUUUAUCAAACUGUACAGAUCAAAGUUCUCCUGUUCUUGGAUAGCAGGGGGGAUGGGGAGAAGGAAAAGGGAGCGAAUACAAAGAAGCACACAGGAAUAUGAAGAGUGAUAUGCAGAGUCCGUCACACAAGAAACUAAGCCGGCAUUGAACAACGAUCUUGAUCACAUUGACCAGAUCAAAGGUGAGUGAAUGCACUAGCUAGAUUUGCUUUGGAAUAUUCUUGCAAAGCUGCAUUUUCUCUGCAAUGCUUUACAGAGUGCUGAUCUUUACCCACUUGUCUCACAGGAUCUGUUUCAUUUAAAAGCAUAUCUCAAAGAUCCUUCCAAAACGUCUCAAUCUAGAAAAAGUUCUUCAGCCUGCCGGACCUGUUUUUCUCUCGCCGUGUUCUUAGUGAGUGAGUAAAUUAAUGCAUUCCAGCCUAUUUCUCUCUGUGAAAUGUCCAUGAUUUGUUCCUAGUGAGGCUUCUGUUUUGUUUGUUUGUUCGGUUGGUUGUUCAAUUGUGGAAUGUCAUGUAUGAGACAGUCACGUUUUAGUUUCUUGUAAAUGUGGAAAAGCACAAAAUUUACCACCACCACUCCAGAGUAGAUAGUACUUUUGCAAUUACACCACUCAUAUUUCUUGUAUAUAUGGGCCUGUGUGAUAGUGUAUAUGGAUACAUAAUGCGAAAGGACAAUAACCUUUUGGAACAGAGUUUCAGGGACAAGAGAAAAUCAUGAGUCAAGAAAUUUGCACAGAAUAAAUCAAGGCUGCGCACGCGUCCUGUGUGUCCUUAAACAAUCUUUCACCUAGUUGAACUCGAUCCACCUAUUAAACUAAUAAGAACUUGGCCUGUAUGUGGUAAACUGAUCUGAGAAGACAUUUGGUAAAUAAGAUUCUCAUGGAGACAUGAUAGAAAAGGUUUCGCCAUGUAGCUGAAGACAAAUGUUUUUUAAUAGUAAUUGUUUCUAAUUCUAAAAUCCCAACUUUAGAGAAAUGGGUUUAGUUGGUUUUCCAACCAUUAUUUUGCAUGCAGGAAAAAAAAAAAAGUCCAUCGAGUUCAUAAUUUUUUAUUUUUUUUGAUCCAAAAGAAGUUAAAACAAAUUCCACAAAUGCCACAAAGAAAAAUCCUUUUUGAAUCCAUAAUGACUUCACUUUGUAUCAACAACCCUCAUACAUGUUAAUUAUAGCAAUUAAUAUUUUGUUUUUCCAAAAAAAAUAUUCAUACUUAAAGGACCACUCUAGGCACCCAGACCACUUCAGCUUAAUGAAGUGGUCUGGGUUCCAGGUCCAGCUAGGGUUAACCCAUUUUUUCAUAAACAUAGCAGUUUCAGAGAAACUGCUAUGUUUAUGAAUGGGUUAAGCCUUCCCCUAUUUCCUCUAGUGGCUGUCUCAUUGACAGCCGCUAGAGGCGCUUGCGUGCUUCUCACUGUGAUUUUCACAGUGAGAGCACGCCAGCGUCCAUAGGAAAGCAUUAUGAAUGCUUUCCUAUGUGACCGGCUGAAUGCGCGCGCAGCUCUUGCCGCGCGUGCGCAUUCAGCCGACGGGGAGGAGAAGAGGAGGAUCGGAGGAGGAGAGCUCUCCGCCCAGCGCUGGAAAAAGGUAAGUUUUUACCCCUUUUCCCUUUCCAGAGCCGGGCGGGAGGGGGACCCUGAGGGUGGGGGCACCCUCAGGGCACUAUAGUGCCAGGAAAACGAGUAUGUUUUCCUGGCACUAUAGUGGUCCUUUAAAGAAUUUGAUAAGACAACCACUUUAGUUAGAGAAUUCCACAUCUUUAUUGUUCUUACUGUAAAGAACCCUUUCCUCUGCUGUAAGUUAAAACUCCUUUCUUCUAGUCACUAUGGGUGACCUCUUGUCUGUUGUAUUCCUGCUAAAGAACAGGUUAGCACAUUGUGGUUUGUACUGACCCUGUAAAUGUUUGUAUUGUAUAGUGCUAUCCUAUCUCCACUAAGGCAUCUUUUCUCUGAAGAAAACAAAUUAAAUUUUUCUAGCCUUUCGUCAUAACUUAUGCUUUCGAUCUUAUUCAUUUUGUUCAUUCUGUAUUGAAUCUCGUGUAUUACUUGCCUGCCCAGUCCUUCUAUUAAUCUAUUUUCCUGGGUGUAGAAGUUUUAUCGUAUUUGGACUGUAUUAUCUCACAUAGUUUGUGUCCCUUUGUCUUGUGCCUACCCUAACACACAUCUUUAACUGCUCUCUCUCUUCUGGCACUGUUCCUGCUGACCUUAAACAUGCCACUGUAAUACCUAUCCUGAAAAAAACAUCUCUUGACCCAUCCUCCCCUUCUAACUAUCGUCCCAUAUCCCUGCUCCCUUUCUCAUCAAAGCUUUUGGAAAGACUUGUCUUUACCCGUGUGUCCCGCUUCCUUAAUUCCAACUCUCUCCUUGACCCUCUUCAGUCUGGCUUCCGCCCUCUCCACUCUACUGAGACUGCUCUUAUCAAAGUGACUAAUGACCUAAUCUCCGCUAAAUCCAAAGGUCACUACUCCAUAUUAAUUCUCCUUGACCUCUCUGCUGCCUUUGACACCGUUGAUCAUGCUCUCCUCCUUCAAACUCUUCAAUCGCUCGGUCUCUGUGACUCUGUCCUCUCUUGGUUUUCCUCCUAUCUCUCCCAACGCUCAUUCAGUGUCUCCUUUUCCAAGGAUACCUCCUCCCCUCGUCCUGUCUCUGUUGGAGUUCCCCAAGGGUCUGUCCUUGGUCCCCUUCUAUUUUCUCUUUAUACUGCCUCUCUUGGUAAACGUAUUGCCUCUUUUGGAUUCCACUACCACCUGUACGCUGAUGACACUCAGAUAUACCUCUCCCCUGCCGUCCUGCAAUGUGUCACUGCUUGCCUUUCUUCCAUCUCUGACUGGAUGUCCUCACGCUUUCUGAAACUUAACCUCUCUAAAACUGAACUCCUUGUUUUUCCUCCUCCUAAUACUGAUCCUCCUCUCUCGCUCUCCCUUCAAGUCAGUGAUAUCCACAUAAGUCCAUCCCUGCAAGCACGCUGUCUUGGCGUCAUACUUGACUCUGGUCUCACCUUUGAGUCUCACAUCCAGUUUGUUGCCAAGUCCUGUAGGUUCCAACUCAAAAACAUAGCCCGCAUUCGCCCCUUUCUUACGCAAGAUGCUACCAAGGAGCUUGUCCAUGCUCUAGUAAUUUCCCGCAUGGAUUACUGUAACCCUCUCCUGAUUGGUCUCCCCAAAAGCCGUAUUGCCCCGCUACAGUCUGUAAUGAAUGCUGCAGCUAGACUGAUUUUCCUCUCUAGUCGGUCCUCUCACACCUCACCCCUCUGCCAGUCCUUACAUUGGCUCCCUGUAUGCUAUAGGAGUCAAUUCAAAGUGCUAACCCAUACAUUUAAAGCACUGAACAAUUCUAGCCCCUCUUAUAUCUCUUCACUAAUCCAUAGAUAUGCCCCUCCUCGUACCCUCCGCUCUGUCCGUGACCACCUCCUGACCGCUGCUCGUACCCGUACGGCCAACUCGCGCUUGCAGGACCUUUCGCGGACGGCUCCUCUCCUAUGGAAUAGCUUGCCUACUGCCAUCAGACUCUCCCCUAGUCCUCAAUCAUUUAAGAAGGGCCUUAAAACCCAUCUCUUCAGGAAAGCGUAUAAUCUGCAAACACCGGCACAUGACUUUCUUUUUUUUUUUUUUUUUUUUGGUAUGCAGGUAGGUACAACAGUGCCCAUAUCGCCACAACAGCAUCAACAGGCUCAAUUAUCAUAGUUAUAACAGUUGCGUGGCAUGUUAAGUUUGCAUACAUUUUUUUUUUUUUUUUAAAUAAAAUAAGUAAUGGUAGAGUAAACAAGCUGUUAUCAAUAUAGCUCUAGGCUCAACAACAAAUUUUGUUUCUUUCUAGACAUUCAUGACAUUCCUAGGUACUUACAGGGUUAAUAAUAUGUUGAGUGGGUUAACAGUUAUUUUUCAAGCUAUGACAACAGCAUUCUCAUAUUAGGGUUAUGUAGUCGCUAUGAAACAGGUUGGCAAGUUUAGUUAGAACAUAUCUAGUCUAUUAAUGACACUUAUACUGUAGGUACCCAUAUCGAAGUAAGCUUGUAGUGAGUAACUUGUACGAGGUUCUGAUACAUGUGAACUAGUUAAAACUUAAUAAAGAUUAAUCAUUACGUUAGCUCCGGUUAGGUCACUGAGGGGAACUAAAUAGAUGAGUAAAUGCAAUUUGCUGAAAUUCGAUCAAGCAUAAAAUUAACUAAUGUAUAUUAAUAUUGCCUCUUUUGGUACCGGCAAGCUGGGUAUGGCUGUAAGUCCUGAGGGGGGACAUGGGUACCUCGCUCGAGGGCACACGGCACGGUCAGCCAAUGCCUCGGCUCGGCAGAACCAUACCGUCCCUGGAGGAUCCCAAUUUCUUCUGGGUGCGUCUCUGUGGCAGAUCAAGCUGUGGUUUUCGUCUGGCUGCUCGUUUGGAGUCUUUGCAGUGUCUGGAAGGUGGAGUGCCCCUUCGGCCCUGGAGCUGUGCGAGGGCUGGUACUGUCUGACCACGAGCCUGGAGUCCUGUAGGGUCCAGGGACUCCCCUGUUGGGGUGGUGCAUCGGGCCUUCUGUGGGUCAGGUGUGUGUCGUCGCGUUUUCUUUGCGGCCCUCCGCUUGUGUGGCCUGUACCUGUGGGUCUGGACCCAUAAUGCCCUCAGCCCAGGCGGGCGUCUCGUGCGAGGUGCAAGUGUGAGGUACAGUGUUAUGCCUUUCAGAGGUUUCCCAGGCCUCACUGUGCUGCAGGCUUGAUCUGUAAGUGGUGUUUGCUUAGACGCCGCUGGUUGCGUGCGGGCCUGGAGCCGAGCCCAGAAUCUAUCAAAAAUAGCAUUGAGUGAGUCUCUUGUAUUGAGAUCGGGGCUAGUCACUUCAGGCUGCAGCAUUCGCAUGCCGCGUGUAUCUGAGCCCGCUGAGACCGCCGAGACCGCCAUCUUGGAGAGCUUCUCCUCCGUUCUGUCUGUGAUCACUGUCGACCCCCUUGACAGGUACACGGCGGGGACCGGGAUAUCCCCCACCGGUCCACAGGGUGGGGGUGGGGGGGAAGGUUAGUACUUGCUUACGGUUUGGAGCAGCUUGCGGGAAGCGGCCGUCCUCCCACCCUACCAUCUCCUGUAGGCCGGGUGUCAAGUUUGGUAUCCGCGGAUAUGCGCCGGCUUCCCCAGUCUGUAGGGCUUUUUUAGGAAGGAGUCCCAGCACUGUGGUCCGAGUUAUUACGCUUUUAGUGUCCGUGCAGCAGGAGCUCGUGCAAAGCAUGUCUUGCUUGCUUGCUGGUCAGGCUCCGCGCCCCCGGCACAUGACUUUCAAUGCCCGCUUCAAGAUCAUUUAUAACCUGAUUAAAGUGAAGUGGAUCCAGAACAGACUCCUGAAGCACAUACCACUUUUGCCCAAUUUAAAAAUUUACAAUUACUCUUUGCACUCUAUGUUUAUGCCAGUAUUCUAUGCAAGAACAACAUUUGGCAUCUAGAGUAACCUUUUGUGUGGAACUGUAUCACAUGCCUUAGCAAAAUCCGAAUAGAUCAUCUGUACAUUUUUGACAAUAAACCUGAUUUUCAAUGGGGAUUAAAUAAUAAUGAUUGCAACUGUACCUUGGUUUCCAUCGCAUGUCUGUUUAAUGCAGUGUUCACAUGCAUGUGUUUGCAUCCACAAAGUUUAUAGCGGAGUCCUAGCAUGGAAUGCAUGCAGCCAUGUGUUUGGCAUUCUGGGAUGGACCUAUAAACACUGUGUGACAUGUGCAGGUGCACUCACAUCUCUGACCAGCUUAGCUAUAGUUUAUCCCUCCAUGUAAAUGAUUUAUGGCCAGGUUCAGGUGCAGUAGUUUUCCCUUGUGCAUCUGCAGUAAAAUUGCUGUUCAAAUAUCAGAGAUAUGUAUUUUAUCUAUUAAGUAGUGUAAUGAAUAGGUGAAAUGUUUACUUGUCACCAUAUUAUUUUUUGUAUAAUAGGUGAAUUUGAUUUUGGUAUAAUAGGAAUAAAUGUUAUAUUCUGUUCUUAUUUUUAGAGACUCCCUUCAACUCUUUGCUGAAUUCCAUGGAGUACAAGUCCAACUGCCCACCUUCCCGGGUGGUUAUAAUCGGAGCUGGUUUUGCUGGACUUGCUGCAGCUACCACCUUAGUAAAGCAUGGAUUUAAGGACCUAGUCAUUCUUGAAGCUUUAGAACGAGCUGGUGGCCGGGUCUGGACACAUAAACCAUUUGGGACUGCUGCCUUAGAGUUGGGUGCGACAUGGAUCCAUGGCCAAAAGGAUAACCCACUUUACAGCAUGGCCAAACAGCAUGGACUUCUGGCAGAAGAAGGCUUUAAUAUGGUCAGCUGCCAACCAGUUACAGUUACCCCUGAGGAUUACUUCUUCACUGAGCAUGGGAAAACUCUCCCAACCGAACAAGUAGAACAAGUAACUGGAUUUUUUGGUCGAUUGAUGUCUAAGAUUAAUGAACAAGAUAUUAAUCUGGACUGUGGAUCCUGGUCUGUUGGGGAGUACUUGGAUAAGGAAUUCACAAAGACCAACUUUUCAGACAUAGAAGUGUCUAAGGGAGUCUAUGAGUGGUGUAAGCGUGCUGAAUGUGUUGAUGAGGCUUGUAACUCAAUGUAUGAGUUCUCUUUGAGCCAGCUUAGCCUCUACACUGCACUGGAAGGUCCAUUUUUUAACUGUCUUGGUAGCGGAGGUUACCAAGCAUUGCUUAAUAUAUUGCUGGAACAGCUACCUCCCAAUUCUCUCCGGUGUCAAAAACCAGUUCAGUGCAUUCAUUGGGAAGGGUUGCCUGUAGACUCGAGCAAUGUUUCUGUCUAUCCGGUAAAAGUACAUUGUGAAGACGGUGAGGAAUUUCCAGCAACUCAUGUAAUUGUUACAGUGUCUCUUGGCUGCUUGAAACAUCAGGCAUCCAGCUUCUUUGAUCCACCACUACCACGAGGUAAGAUGGAAGCAAUUUCUCGACUGGGGUUCGGUACAGUGGCCAAAAUAUUUCUAGAAUUCUCUGAGCCAUUUUGGCCUGAGAACUGUGCAGGAAUACAGCUGGUGUGGGAUUGUGGCCCUGAGAGUCCUGAGGGAUAUGCUUAUUGCAAGAGCGGAGAAUUCUGGCGGUCAGAGUGGUAUAAGAAGAUCGGAGGGUUUGAUUGUGUUCCAAUGCAUCGUAGCACUCUCUGCGGCUGGAUCACUGGACUUGCUGCAGAACACAUGGAAACUCUGCCUGAGCGUGAAGUGGGAGACGUAUGUGUCAGGUGAGAGUGGAAGAACCUUUUCAUUUAAGGGAAAAGGCGUAGAUACAAUGCUGUGAGACUGAAUUAAAAAAAGUAGUUGGGCAUUGCAGUUCACAUCUCAUUAUAAUUAAUAAGACUAUGAAAGCCUACUAUAUAUAUAUAUAUAUAUAUAUAUAUAUAGUAAACAAGAGCACUCAAUGGUUUUGAAAGUAAAAAGAAAUGUGUAUUUACGGUCGCAUAUACAGAUCAACGUUUUGGCCGACAAACCGGCCUUUAUCAAGAUGCUGAACAACCUACAAUGUGCGUUAUAUGUAAGAAAUACUUAAUCAGAAAUUAAGCUUACCAUAAACUGGUGAAACAUCAAACCCCAGUGCCACAUGCCGUCUGCCGAAACGAUGAACGGACCUCCCCUACAUGCGUGAUGACGUGUUCACCUACCAACGUGUUAAGCCGUAUAGCGUUACUAUGGUGACAAAGCCUGUCAACACUGAAGUGCAAAGUGGAAAAGUGCAGAGAGAUUAAAGCCAUAUGCACGGAGGAUAACACAGAACAUAAAAAUUUAAAGAUUUAGGCAAAAAGAAUACAUGUAGAGUAUAUGCAUAAGCCUGAAUAUGUAAUAUAUAAGAGAGUAGAAAUAUAAGUAAAGAACGUGUGAUGAAUAGAAUCAUCUCAUAACUGGUAAGAGUGAAAAAGUCUGUAAAUGAAAAUAAUGUGAAGAAGUGAAAAAAUAAAAGUAGAAAAAAGAAUAUCUCAUUAUAAUUAAUAAGACUAUGAAAGCCUACAAUAUAUAUUAUAAAACCCACAUAAUCUGUGUGUCAUAAGAACAGGCUCAUUAACGUAAUCACGGAAUUCGACCAAUUACUAUUCUUAGUAAUAUACACCUGAUUUUUAAAAGGAGCUAAUUCUUAUCUUAGUAAUGCAGGUAUUGCCCCACAAGCUCCUGAGUUCGUCUGGGGUAAAAAGGUUCACCAAAUAGCUGAGAUAAUUAUACUCAUUGGACAAGCUCUAAAUAGCAUUGAUAGUACAUUUAAUGACACUAAAUAGUAGUGGUGCUGUGUCAAGUACACACUAAAGACAUAUUGUUAAAAGCACCUAUGCAACUUUUAACCAUUUUAUAAUUUAAAAAAAAAAAUUUUAUUUCAGUUUUUCUUUAUUUCGUGAAGACAAAGUUUUGGGGUGCAGAAGAGAAAAUGGAAGCAUUCAGUUGUUACAUAUAGGGGUUUUAUAAAAUCAUGUGCAUAUGCUUAUACCUUUAUCGCUACUUUAGUUCUGGUACAUUUCCUGUUGUAGCUUAACAUUGGUUCUGCUGGAUGAUCUUGGUUUAGAUCCAGUCAGAUGGGGCUGUUGUCUCUAUCUAGAACCUUAUAGGAGGUUGGGGAACAACUGAGGGUUGUCAACUUGUCGGAGGGAUAGGGAGUUGUAGGGGGAGGCGGGAAGAGGUGAGGGUCUAACGGGGUCCUGCCUGGUACGGUGGUUAUUCCUUGGUUCUUUAUGCUCUGUCGUGUAUUCAGUGGUUCUGCGUACUGCAUUAUUGUCUAGACCUCUAAGUGUCUAAUCUAGGAGUGCUUAGGUGGCCUUUUCCUCUGGGGGUCUUUUCCAGAACUCUGUCCAGGGCUCCCAUCUCUGGAGAUAUUUAUAUCGUUUCCUUAUUGAUGUCCAGUGGAUGUCCUCUAAUUCUCUGGUUCGUUCUACCCUUUGUACCCACUGCUCUUUGGAUGGUGUGCUGGUAUUCCGCCAGUUUAGCGGGAUAAGAGCAUUUGCUUCCCCCAGUAGGAGGUGUAGCAACUGUUGCUUGUGAGAUUCCGCAAAUGUGCGGGGCCAGCCAGAACCUGGGAAGGGGUUAGUCGAGUCGGUGGUUUCAGUAUUUUAGUUAUUUCAGAGAGUAUGAGGAGCCAGAAACCUUGUAUGUCUCGGCAGCUCCACCAAAUAUGUUCUACAUUCCCUAGACCGUUUGAACAUCUCCAGCAUAUGUUACUGAUUGAGGGCCAGAUUGAGUGUAGCCGGGUUGGAGUCCUGUACCACUUGGUGACUCUUUUAUAGAAGGUCUCCCUGUGUGCUACACUGGUUGGGGUUUUGAUUCCCAUUUCCAUGAUCCCUGACCAGUCUUUGUCAGAGAUAUGUAUUCGGAGGUCUUUCAUCCAGUUCUGUUGGAAUGACAGUGGUUUAUGUUCCUCAAUUGAUCCCUGGAGGAUGCGGUAAAUUUUAGACAAGGGGCGUCUAGGGUCGCCCCCUGGGCCACAAAGGUGCUCAAAGGGUGUGUCUGCUCUCUGUUUGCAGAGGGGAAUGACGGUUCUUUUUAAGAAGGUCUUAAGUUGUGUUCUGCCUAUCACCUCAAUGAGCGUGUCAUGCCUGUGUGGUCUAUAAAUGGCCCUGGCAGUGGGGGGGGUCUCCCACGAUCAUUUCGGUUAUGUCUGGGGUGGGUGCUCCCAUGAGGCGAGUAAGGAGUGGUCCCCCACCACCCCCCUGAAAGUCAGGAUUGUCUGCUAUAGGGAAGAAUCUCAACAGUCCCGGUGACAGUCCCCAUUGGUCUUUAUAUCUUCUCCAUGUUGUGAGGACGUUGUGUAUGAGUGGGUACCGUGUCGAAGUGAGCUUUGGGAGUUGGCAUGUUUGCCACGGCAGAGUGUGUAGGGGGACUGUUUUAUAAUUUAUUACAUGUUCAAAUUUGCACAGAUUUGUUAAAAAUGUUUUGCAACAUGCGGCAUUUUAAACCUAAACUCUAAAAUAUUUCAUAUUUGUUGCUUACAGUACCUGGUACAUAUUUAGGUACAUUCAUUUUUUUUGUCCUGCCCAACUGUCGCAUUUCUCCAAUAAUACAGUUCUUCAUGUCAUCAAAAAAGUUUAACAAAUGUUUCUGGGAAAUGUAAUUGCUGUGUAGAGAUUUAUGAGACUAAGGCCUCGAUUUACAGCCGUCUCCCCAUAUUCUUCAACUAAAAAGAAGGAAAAAAGCUGUUUAAAUGUAAAAAUAAAGUUCCAUACAAUCUCACAGUCACCCUUUCCUACUGAUAUAAAGAGAACAAGCUCUUCCAAUGUUUACAUUUGCAGAUGCAUUGUGCAGCACAGACCCUAAGAGUCAGUUGAAAAAAGGGGAAUUGGGGACACAUCCGGAACAUACAUUUUUAGUAGUGGUGCUGCAGUAACAAUCAAAAUAUAUCCAAAAUACAGAUUUAGAAACAGGGCACACAUGAAAAUACAGUUUUAUAUUUUACAAGGCUACUUAAAAUCACCUAUCCUAGCAAACAAAUAUGGGGUUUCAGUUACACCAUAUGGCAAAAUCGUGUUAAGCCCACCACUACGUCACCGUACUCCAAUUUUGGUGGAUCUUACUCUUUUUUUCAACAUGGGAGACAAAUUCAAUAGUGCUAAAUUAACUAAAGUGUGUUUGAUUUGUUGUAAGAGCAUUGUGUGUGUGUGUGUGUGUGUGUAUAUAUAUAUAUAUAUAUAUAUAUAUAUAUAUCAAACUUAAAGGAGCACUAUAGGUUCAGAAACACAAACAUGUAUUCCUUACCCUAUAGGGUUAAAACCACCAUCUAGCCCCCCCUGUCCCCCUCAUGCCUCCCUAAAUAUAGUAAAAUCUUACUUGAAUUCAAGUCUGCAGCUGCUGCUUUGUCCCUGUUUUCUUAAGACCUGCCCACUACCUGCUGACAUCAGCAGAAGUGGUAGCCUGAUCCAGUCACAUAGGAUUGGCUGACACUGACAAAGAGGCAGAUCAGGAGCAGAACCAGCAUGAUUCAAACACAGCCCUGGCCAAUCAGCAUCUCCUCAUAGAGAUGAAUUGAAUCAAUGUAUCUCUAUGAGGAAAGUUCAGUGUCUGCAUGCAGAGGGAGGAGACACUGAAUGUUUGGAUGCAUUUUAGGCAGCCAUGACCCAGGAAGGAUCUCUAACAGCCAACUGAGGAGUGGCCAGUGAAGUUAUCACUAGGCUGUAAUGUAAACACUGCAUUUUCUCUGAAAAGACAGUGUUUACAGCAAAAAGCCUGAAGGGAAUGAUUCUACUCACCAGAACAAAUUCAAUAAGCUGUAGUUGUUCUGCUGACUAUAGUGUCCCUUUAAUGUGAUAAAAAAAAUCAAUAAAUAAAAAGUACAGUGUCAAAAUGAAAUAGUGAAAGUGCUGUUAUGUAUUUAUUCACAAUGUGUAUAUCUGCUCUAUAUCAAAAAUAAAUUAUUACUAAAAUGACAUUUCUAUCCAAAGCCACCUCAAAUUUAGACUUUCCUGCGGUCACCUCCAAGGGGAUGCAGGGGACGGGUGGGAUAGAGCAGGGUGCUCAACCCAAAAUAAUUCUGGUCUGGACUCCAAACUUGCAUAGAAAAAAUGGGAAAUGGAGUUAAAAUUUACACUGUAUUUUUGUGUGUGCUUUUCUUUUACCUAAGAGUCAGUUGUGCUUAGUGUUUAGAGAAGCAAUAUUACUUAUCUGAGCUAAGCAGACAAUCUAUGCUUGGGCUGUGGAGUUUCCCAUUAAUUUGACUGUCCCUUAUGCUUUCACACAAUCAUUACUUUGUCUUCUUUAAAAUCAAAUACCUAAAUCUAAGUCUAAGUGCCACCCAGUUUCUAACUUCAGUCUCUUACACUUGAUGUCAUAAAAGUACGGUUAGGUAUAAAGCAGUAAGGUGCUGUAUUUCACCCUCUCAUCAGUUAUGCCGCACAGUUUUGAAAAAUAUAUAGAAUAAUUGACUACAGGAUUGCAUGCAAAUUUUAGCAGUAGAUGGAAAAUUAUUAUAUGUGUGUAAAAGGGGCGGCCAGAUGCCACACGGUGGCAUUAGCUCUACAGUGAGAGUCAGUCAGCUCCAUCCAUCCCGUGUCUGCAGGGCACUUUAGCCGAGCACUAUAAUAAGCCAUAUGUUUCUCGUGGAAGCACCAUUCUUAGAUUUUACUUUUGAGCCAUUUAGAUAUUUCCGGCUCUUACUUAUCUUCAGAUUGCUGAACAAGGGGUCUCAUCUUGUCCGUGCCAUCACGGAGGAUUCUAUUAAUAGCCGGCCCCUUUUCGAUCAUCAUGUUGGAAAUAUCUCUUUGUACAUCUGCUAGUAAAUGAUGCAUGGAAUGUUACACUUUUAGCACAAACUGAAUUAUUCACCGUGUCUUAUUUUUAUAGUUAUUUUAAAUAGACUCCAUCCCUAUUAAUGCUGUUAAUGUGUUUGCAUCUGUGCUCUCCUCCUUUCCCAUCCAUUCCUAAUCUGUCCUCCCCCCACUCCUCCUUCUCGCUUACCCACGAUUUUGGUAUCCUUUCAGUUUGUUGAAGCGUUUCACUGGCUGGCCUGUGACCGAGCUGCGGGGGGUUCUGCGUUCCACAUGGCACAGUAACCCCUACAUUCGAGGCUCCUACACCAACGUGCCAGUGGGAGUGGAUGCGAUAAAGGAGCAGACAGCAUUACAAGAGCCUCUUCCAUCAACCCAUCAGAAGAAAAAUAUCAGGGUAUUUACAGUAUGGCUGUGGCACUAUAACUGUGUGGGAAGCAUCUGCUAAAAUAUUUACGCCUCUUAUCAACAUAUGGUUAUUUUAUUUAUUUGGAUUGCUUUUAUUUUUUCUAUUUUUCUUUAAUUAAUUAAUUUUGUUUUGUCUGGAUGGUGCACAAAAUAAUUUCGCAAUAAAUUGCCUGGGCUACACAAAUUAUUUUAAUUUACUAAUUUACACAACCUCUAGAAUCCUAAACUUUAUUACAGAAUAACUCUGCAAUACACCACACCACACUACACUUCUAAAAACACUAUUACGGCUUCUGUUCUGAUUACCUUGAUUUCCUUCCCAUAUCUCAUACAUGACAGUCUGACAUUUACCUGCAUGUCCCAUAAGAUCUCUUCUUCUUUAAAAUCCUGCUAACCAUUAUCUACAUGAUCUCUGCACAUUCUAGUAAUCCUAAUCCUGCCUGUUCCCUGCACAUUCCAUUAAUCCUGAUCCAACUUGAUCCCCGCACGUUCUGUUUCUCCUGAUCCUAUCUAAACUUACCUAGUAUCUGUUUAUCCUGAUCAUACCUGAUCCCUGCACAUUCUAAUAAUCCUGAUCCUACCUAAACUGCACAUUCUACUAGUCUCGGUUCUACUUGUUCCCUGCACAUUCUAAAUAUCCUGAUCCCACCUGAUCCAUGAACAUUCUAUUAUUCCUGACCCUAACUGAUCCCUGCACAUUCUGUUUUAUCCUGAUCAUAUCUAAAACCUACCAAGUCCCUGCACAUUCUACAUAUCCUGAUCCCACCUGAUCACUGCACAUUCUGUUAAUCCUAAUCCCACCUGUCCCCUGCACAUUCUGUUUUAUCAUGUUCAUAUUUAAACCUACCUAGUCCCUGCAAAAUGUACGUAUCCUGAUCCCACCUGAUCACUGCACAUUCUAUUACUCCUAAUCCCAUUUGAUCCCUGCAAAUUCUAUUAAUCCUGACCCUAACUGAUCCCUGCACAUUCUUUUUUAUCAUGUUCAUAUCUAAACCACCUAGUCUUUACACAUUCUGUGAAUUCUGAUGCUACUUAAACUCUCUUCACUUUCUCUAACUCCAAAUCCUUUGUGAGCCAUGCACAUUCUACAGACCCUUUUUUUAAAGGUCAACCUAACUAAUUUUACAUUAUUUUUCUGUAUGAAGCCUCUGCAGGUGCUGUUUGCUGGUGAAGCCACCAACACCAAUUUUUAUACAACAACUCAUGGAGCCUACCUAAGUGGAGUUAGGGAAGCAGAAAGAAUCUUGAAGCUGUAUGAGACCAAGGCAAGCCCACGUCUGUAAAUCUUCCAGUUACCACUUGACCGACAACACACUAGGAAUACGAAACCUACAACAUAAGGACUUUCUAUGCCACCUGAUCUAUAGUACAUGAAUGAACUUGGAAUACAAAGCUACAUCUACAGAAACUCUGUGCUCUACCAAGUCAACAAUUAAAAGAUCAGCUUGCAAUACGAAGGCCAUGUGUUUUUUAUUUUAUAUAAUUAUCGGUUGCCUCCCACUAUUCACUAUUGAAUGAGAAAAAUCCUUCACUGGAUCUGAUACUGUGAAUGUAUUGCUAUAUGUUUUAUGCAGUUGUGACAAAAUUAACUCCUUUAUACAUUUAAUGAAAAGUGUCCAGCACUAUUUCUUUAUUCUUUUCAAGAUAACAUGUAUGCACCAGUCACCUUGUCACACAACUUAGUAUAAUUACAAACAAUAUAUGCACAGAAUUGUAGCAUUAGCUUUGGUUUAUGAAACCUUUAGGGUAACAAAUGAGUUUACAAGCCAUAUUGAAAUAUUUAGGCAAAUGGCUCAUUCAUAGUUUUCUAUGUAAAAUAUCAAGGAAUGCAUGGAUGGUAGAAGUAACAUAGUUGGGAUUAACAGUCUUCCAUUUUUUUUUCUUUAAAAAAAAUAUCCAGCACUGGGACAGAUUUCUCACUGCAACUCAAUCCGACAUCACCAAGCUUGAUGACUUAUGUCCAACUAGAUGCUUCUCAUAGAAAUAUUGAAGACGCGUGUCGCACGUGACGCAAACACCAUGAAAUGCCAAAGCAUUGGUUCCAGUGGUUCUCAUAGUGAAGCAUUGGGCACUCAUCCAGCAUUCAUCGUCCGUAUACCGUGCAUGCUGUCACCAUGCAUAAAAGCCACUAGUGACUGUCUGAAUUACAGCCACUCAAGGUGUGGGGAUUUCGAAAAGAAAGAAAGAAAGUGCGAUUUUUCAGAAACCAUCUUCAUUAAGAUGCAGUUACUUAGACUGUCCCUUUAAUAUAGCAAUCUUGAUAAGUCCGUCAAUUUUAGUCUUUCAUGUGUUUAUUAAAAGCACUUCAUUCAAAUGAAGGGGGGGGGAGGAUCACAAUAAAGGUUAUUUAAUUCAUUCAGUUAAUUCAUUUUCUAAUUAAACAAGUUAUUGUUAAAGGACCACUAUAGUGCCAGGAAAACAUACUCGUUUUCCUGGCACUAUAGUGCCCUGAGGGUGCCCCCACCCUCAGGGUCCCCCUCCCGCC